AUGGGGGUGAAUUUCGGUGACAUCCCAGGCACCGAAUUGUUCUUUCGUCCUCCAUUGAUCACGGAUGAAUAUUUCCCUACUGAUCUUCUAAGCUAUGGCCCUACCAAGCUCUCAGAGCAAUUACACGAAAUAAUGCUGGAACUGAUUGAGACCUCAAAAUCGAUGAGACUUGACGACACUGAGGAUCCACCGGUACAACUCGAUAUUACUCAACUGGCCCCACUAUUCACAGUAUCUAACGUUGCGAUCUUCAUCUCUGUAUUUUUUCAUUCUCUCUAUUGGCAUCUCCCCGUCGUGCACUUUCCGACAUUCGACCCGGGCAAUGUUUCCAACCCACUGCUGCUCUCAAUCUUUUUAACCGGUGCAACAUAUAGUAGUUCCUUAGACGAAGCGGCAUUAUUACCCAGGGUUCUGGACGUGGCCGAGGAGCAUGUGUUCCGGAAGAUCACAACCCUAUCAACACAGGUUGCUCCGCCUACUGACGACCUCACACGGCAAACACCUACCAUCCAGCUCCUUCAGGCCGCACUAAUCAUCGAAAUGCUACAGUUCGGCCAAGAACGGAUUGAAACAAGACGCCGCAUUCGUAUCAUCCGUCAUCCAAGCCUAGUAUCUCUGAUGCGUUGCUUGGGAAUCUUCCACCUCAAGCGGUCCGCGCCUCCCACGACCUGCACUGGGGGCGAUGGCACAUGGAGAGCAUUAGUCACAGAGGAAGUCUGCAUACGACUUGCUUCUUGGGUCUUCCUUGCGGACGGUUUCCUUACGGUGUGUUUCAAAAACCGACCCACCAUAUCUAUCUUCGAGAUGGAGUGCCCCUUCCCAUGGAGGACGGAGCUAUGGGAGGCCGAAAAUGCAUCCGCCUUCAGUCGGAUCGCCGCCACUGAUGCAGCGAAGCUCCCAAUGCCUUCCGUAAGGGAAGCCAUCCGGCUGCUACUCGAUAAUUCUGAAGCUGCACCCGUACCGUCCAGCUUACCCCUUUCCGCAGAGCAUCUAUUAAUCAUGAUAUACGCGUUGAAUUCUCUCGCAUUCCUAGCCAGAACCGACUUCUUCGGCUCCGUGCCCCUGAAGAAAAUCAAAUCCGGCGCCAACAAGUGGAAGCAGAUCUGGAACUCCGUGUACCAGGAUACAAGCAACGACCAGAUACUCCCACUGGGGUACCCGAAACACGCAGAAGAGCUUUGGCUCCUUCUGACGGCGAUGCUUGACAUUGCUACUGAGAAUUCCUCGAAGCUCCCGUAUCUGGACAACGCCGCGACAGAUGAUCUAGGAAAACUGAACGAAUUCAUUCAAUGGUGUUGUCGGGAUUCAUAA